GCUACCCCAUGUGGUCUCGGCUGUCUCCGCCACUCUACGCAGCAGCACGAAACUAGUUUGGAGCCUUAUUAGGCAAACCGUCAUACGCUUAUCCACAACGUAUAGUACAGUGUAGCGACUAGAGAAGGCAGUUAACUUUUGUUUAACUUUUUUGCCACAAUUAACUACAAUUCCGAAAAGCCUAUCCACUCUUCUGGCUGUCAAGUUCGUAACGCUUCCAGUUGAAGGGGGCGUAUCAGUGCACAGUAUUUGAGUCCCCGGUGUUUAGUGAAACCUCGUCCAGACCAACGCGUUCAGUCACGGUCAGCACUGGAGUCAUGGACCGCCCCGUGUCUCUGGAGCACUACAAAGCUGCCAUGCUGCUCAGUGGAGCAGGGGACGCCCUGGGGUACCGCAACCAGCUCUGGGAGUACAAUGAGUCUGGGCCAGCCAUCCACCAAGAGCUACAGGAGCUGGGCGGACUGAAGAACAUCACUGCGGAGCUACCCGAUUGGCCCGUCAGUGAUGACACCGUCCUUCACCUAGCAACGGCGGAAGGGCUGGCAACUGGAAAGGAAGGGGAGGAGCUGUACCACGACGUGGCCGCACGCUACGUGGAGGGCAUGAAGGACAUGGAGGGGAGGAAGCCCGGACCCUCGAGCAUUCUGGGUGUGUCCCAGCUGAAGCCGGGCUCUGAGGGGGGGUACAGAGUGGCCUACAACCCCGACGGGACCGGCUGUGGAGCCGCCAUGAGGUCCAUGUGCAUCGGACUCAGGUACCCUCGUCCCGAGCAGCUGCCCUCGCUGGUCGCCGUUGCCGUGGAGACCGGCCGCAUGACCCACCCGCACCCGACCGGCUUCCUGGGGGCGGUGGCCUCGGCCCUCUUCACCGCCUACGCCGUCCAGCGCCGGCCAAUGGCGAGCUGGGGGGUGGGGCUUGUGAAGGAGGCGUGUCCAGUGGCGCUGGAGUUUGUGAAGUCGCGCGGCUUCAACGCGGAGGAGUGUGUGAGGGACUGGGGGUACUUCACCGAGAAGUGGCAGUGGUACCUGGACCUGAGAGGACUGGCGUCCGGCACCGGCCCAGCAAUCUGGCCUGACCAAUACGGGCCAGCCGAGAGAGACGUGGCCUAUAAGAGUUUCAGCCUGUCCGGGUGGGCGGGGCGCAGUGGCCACGAUGCACCAAUGAUAGCUCUCGAUGCCCUGUUGGGGGUGGGCUCUAAUUGGGAGGAGCUUAUGAGCAGAGCCGGUCUCCAUGGAGGAGACAGCGACAGCACGGCCGUGAUCGCCUGUUGCUGCUGGGGGCUCCUCUACGGACUGGAGGGAGUUCCACAGGGGAACUACAAGAACCUGGAGUACCGGGACCGGCUGGAGAACAGUGCCGAGAAACUCUACAGCCUCUCCCACUGACUCCCAUUGACUCCCAUUGA